AAAAUAAAGCAAAGUGCGCAAACGCAGAAAUUUGAUUUGGGUCAGUUUAUGACUCUGAAACGUCUGAUCUCAUUUCCAAAAAACCAUCUGACUCCCUUGAUCUACCUUCCUGAUUUUAUUGUGAUUUAUUAAUUCCAACAAUGUCAGAGCCUAAUGAGCGUAUUUUCAACCUACAGAGUAGAUUUAAUGGUUAUCGUGAUCAUCAUGACCAAAGAAUGAAACGCCAUUUUGCUACAUUAGAUGCUCGUGUGGAUAAGUCAAGAAAAGAAGUAGUCUUACUACAGAAACAAAUUUCUAACAACAAUAAUAACUCUAAGGGCAAGUCACAACUACAUAAACAACAGCAGCAAAAACAACAAAAACAGCAACAGCAACAGCAGCAGCAACAACAACUACAACAACAGCAGCAACAACAACAGCAGCAGCAGCAGCAGCAACAACAACAACAACAACAGUCGCAGCAGCAAGAACAGCAACAUCAUCAAAUGCAACAACAACAAAUUCAACAUCUUCAACCACAACACAUGCCACAGCGAUUCCAGUACCAGAAUCAGCAUCAGCAACUUCAACAGCCCCAACAAAUGCAACAACAGAACCAGCCGAAUCAUCAACAGCUCUUAAAUAAUGUUCAAAACAAUAAUAUGUACAAUACUCAAGGAUUUCAGCAAGCUACGAACAAGCCCCUUCAGCCUCUUCAGCCUCUCCAGCCUCAUCAGCCUAUUCAAUCUCAUCAGCCUAUUCAAUCUCAUCAGUCUAUUCAAUCUCAUCAGCCUCAUCAACCCUUACAGUCUCAUCAACCCUUGCCGUCUCAUCCGCCUCAUCAGUCCAUGCAGCCUCAACAUCCGCAGUCACAAUAUCAGCGGCAGACACAAUUUCAACAAGUUCAACACCACAAUGUUCUUCAAAAUCACAUUCAACCUAAUCAAUCUCACCAAACUCACCAAACUCAACAAUCUCAUCAGUCUCAUCAAUCUCAUCAAUCCCAUCUAUCUCACCAAAAUCAACAGCUUCAUCCACAGACGCAGUACCAACGAUUUCCUUUGACGCAGUCCCAGCAACUACAUUAUCACAACUAUAACAAUUAUUAUUCUCAAGAAUUUAUAGAAUUGAAAGACGAGGAUCUUGCGUGUCUUGACAGUUUCCAGUAUUCAGCCGAGCUUCCACUGUCUGGACUAGCUCAAAAUCCUGAAACUGAAAUAUAUGCUGAUACUACAUUCGUCAAAAGUCUUCUUGACAGUUUUGAAUGACUCAAGCUCAGGACUAUAAAAUGUCAUAUGACUUAUCAAUAAAUUUAAAUUUUCUAUUUUCAA